AUGAUCAUGGUGAGGGAUUUCAACUACUUUCCUGACCGGGGCAUCUACGUAGACGAGGAGACAGAUCACCUGUCGGCGCACCUCUUCUUCCUCAGAGGCCAAAAGUGGCGGUCUCUGCGCCAGCAGCUGACGCCCACCUUCACGUCGGGAAAAAUGCGCGCCAUGUUCGGCAUAGUGCGCGACUGUGCUCGUAUUAUGGUUGACGUCAUACCCUCGGGCAGAGAUGUGGAAGUCCGCGAGCUGACGUCAUCGCUUCCUGCACCUUGGGCAUCGACGUCGACAGUCAGCACAAUCCCGAGGCAGUGGAGGUGGCGCUUCUUCCAGACAUCCCUGCGCUCUUACCUGACUCUGUCUCUGGGAUUGGCUAAUCCCUAUCUGCGCACCCUGCUGCCUUUACCCUUCACACCGAAGGAUAUCACAGAGUACUUCACGCGCGUUGUUGAUGACACAGUCAAACACCGAGAGAAGACAGGCAUCAUCAGGAAGGACUUCAUGCAGUUGAUGAUUCAGUUGAAGAACAAUGGAUAUGUUGAUGACAGCUUCUCAAUCACAGGGAAGAAGGGUGCUGAACAUGGAAAUAAGACUCUGACGACCAAGGAGAUGGCAGCACAGGCGUGGGUGUUCUUCCUCGGGGGGUUCGAGACCUCUUCCACCACCGUAAGCUUCUGCCUCUAUGAGCUCUCUAAACGUCCAGAUAUCCAGAAGAAACUGCAAGAAGAAGUUGAUGACGUAAUGAGAAAGACCAACGGUGAUGUGACGUAUGAUGAUAUAAUGACCAAGAUGCCAUACAUGGAAAAGGUGGUAAACGGUACGACGGACGGUUUUGAUUCUUUUGUUCAUACAUCUCAAUCAUGAAAGUGUGGUCGUGCACAAAUUAAAAACCAUGAAGAGAACACUAAUUACUAAACACUAGGUCAAACACAUAUUCGUUUCA